AAUCUAUGAGAAGAUCGCAAGCAGUCGUACUGAGGGGAACAGGUUGAGCGGAGCAGGAGACUUCGUGUAUUCAAAACUGUUGGUUGUAGAUUGUAACCGGACCCAACACGCAAACUGGAAGGGCUCAGCGCAGCGUGGGUGCCCAGGGAUCCACUGCCUGAGUGCACGGAGGCCAGCGGCCGAGGCCCCAGAGACAUGAACCACACCAAGGACGGCCUGGUUAUCUUCACCGCCAACUCGCACCCCUCCAGCCGCGAGCUGGGCAAGAGGAUUUCAGAGCGGUUAGGGGUGGAGCUUGGCAAGGUGCAGGUGUACCAGGAGACUAACAGAGAAACGCGGGUGCAGGUCCAAGAGUCGGUGCGGGGCAAAGAUGUCUUCGUGAUCCAGACGGUGUCCAAGGACGUGAACACCACCAUCAUGGAGAUGCUGAUCCUGGUGUACGCGUGUAGGACGUCCUGCGCCAGGAGCAUCACAGGCGUCCUCCCCUACUUCCCCUACAGCAAGCAGUGCAAGAUGAGGAAGAGGGGCUCCAUCGUCUCCAAGCUCAUCGCCUCCAUGAUGUGUAAAGCUGGACUCACCCACCUGAUCACAAUGGACCUCCAUCAGAAGGAGAUCCAAGGCUUCUUCAACAUCCCAGUGGACAAUCUGAGAGCCUCCCCCUUCCUGCUGCAGUACAUACAGGAAGAGAUCCCCGACUAUAGAAAUGCUGUGAUUGUGGCCAAAUCCCCCGCCUCUGCCAAAAGGGCUCAGUCGUUUGCCGAGCGGCUGCGUCUGGGCAUAGCGGUGAUCCACGGCGAAGCUCAGGACGCGGAGUCGGACCAGGUAGAUGGGCGACACUCCCCCCCCACCGUCAAGACCAGCAGAGCCAUCCACCCCAGCAUGGACAUCCCACUGUUGAUCCCCAAAGAGAAGCCUCCCAUAACUGUGGUCGGAGACGUAGGAGGACGCAUCGCCAUCAUAGUGGAUGACAUCAUCGACGACGUCGACAGUUUCGUGGCAGCGGCGGAGACGUUGAAGGAAAGGGGGGCCUACAAGAUCUAUGUCAUGGCAACGCACGGCAUCCUCUCCCUGGACGCCCCCAGGUUCAUAGAGGAGUCGGCCAUCGACGAGGUGGUGGUGACCAACACGAUUCCCCACGAGCUCCAGAAGCUCCAGUGUCCAAAGAUCAAAACCGUUGACAUCAGCAUUAUCCUGUCGGAGGCCAUCCGCCGCAUCCACAACGGAGAGUCUAUGUCCUACCUGUUCCGCAACAUCGGAAUGGACGACUGAAACACACACAAACACACACACACACACACACACACACACACACAUACACACAUACACACACACACACAUACACACACACACACACAAACACACAAUUUGCCUUGUCAGGUCUCUUCAGAAACAUAGAGGUGAACGUCAAACACUGAAAUCGUUACACACAUUGAAAUGAUGUACAUGUCCUGCUUGUAUCAUAAACAUAAAGGCAACCCCUUUUUUCUUUGAGGGGCAGUCACGAUUGUUUUGAAGCGGGGUUGUUUGAGGUACUCCUACAUCGUCAGUGUUUCACCUCCAGUAGAUGGCGGUCAGCACGCCCCCAUUUUGGAGAAACGGACAGAAGUAGAAAAGCAAUGUACUGCUGUGAGCCGGGGCAACAGCAAUACACCUAAAAGGAGAUGUUUAAAUGUACGCUAUGUUAAGAAUCUAUUCAGCGCUUUACCUUCCCAUCAGACGGGGAACUGAAGCCGUUCUCUACGCUCUCUUCAAAGUCACUAGAAAAAACCUUUUAGAAGACGAUAGUUGCUGUUUUACCGCGGCCUCGAUCUGUUAGUUUAACGUUACUGUGGGACUGGUGAAUGAGAGCCAACCCUUUAAAUAUAAGUCACACAGUAACGCAAACGAUAGCCGCGGUGAACUGUGAACUCCCUGUGUUCUGUGAGGUAGAAUGACGGGUUUUGUCGAAGGAGUGUUAUGACUUUGAGGAAAGCGUAGAGAAUGGCUUCGGUUCCCUGUCAGAAAGGGCCGUCUUGACAUGAAGGUAGAGCGCUGGAAAGAUUCUAUCGUAGCGUACAUUAUUAUUUUCCGGUGUUGCUGUCGCCCUCAUCCACAGCAGCAUAUCGCUUCACUUCUGUGCUGGAUUAGCACCUCAUACAACCCCACUGCAAAAAAAAUCAGAACACACACUGAUCUGUGCCCUCAAUAGAUGACUCUGUCUCUCUCUCUGCUCCCCUCCUUGUCAAACGGCACAAAAACCUCAGUUUUUUUUAAAACUCAUCUUGUCUACAUUUUGUUUCCCAUGUCUCCAUAGAAAUUAAUGUAAGACAUGAACAUUUGUUAGCAUUGAUUCCCCCUUGCAGCAAAGUCUCCUUUUACUAACGGCAUCAGAAAGAGUGCCAGUGCCUUCUCCAGGACACGCUCCAAACACACAGGCCGACACGCCACUCGGCUAACGGAGCUGAUGAAUACCGGCCCCUUGUACUGGAGCCAGGGAUGUUCAGGUUCCCAGCUAAUUAAUUGCAGCAGAGCAUCAGAGCACAUGUUGAACCCCUUUCUGUUUAUUUAUGGCAUCCCAAUGUGUAGCUGCUUCAGACUCCUGCUAACUGGUUGCCAGAGCGCUGAGAUGCUGGUGUCAAAUCUAAUCAUUGCUAAAGCUGAACUGGAAGUACGUCUCGGUCCGGUCAAAAAACUAAUGUUUUUACGGCGUUUCAUGAGUCAACCAUGUAACAUUGUGUGCCAUCAUUUCAAUGCCUAUUCAUAUUUUUUAUAUUUGCCAUAAAUGAGUUGUUGCCCCUCCAGCUGGAGGGCUGUGGGCAUUUUUACACUCCGGUUAGAAGUGGAAGGUUGUUCUUAAUUAUGCGUUUAAAUUGUCAGGAAAGCUGCUCAGACGCACCUGCAGGAAGAGUAAAUCAAAACUUUUUACAUUUUUUUUUUCUGACAAGCAACACUUGACUGAAGCAGGUCUUUGUCACUUUACCAGAUGUGUUCCCAAAAAAUAAAGGUUUUGUAUUUAUUUUCAGCACUUCUUAUGAAUAAAUAUGACCUAUGAAAUGAG